AUGGAAGACACACACAAGAAGGCCAUCCUGGCGUCCAGCCUGAUCAAAAAUGUCAUUUUUAAGAAGAUGCAGUUUGAGCAGGAGCGCAGAAUGGAGCGGGGGGAGAUCAGCGAGUCGCAUCCGGCGGCUUCGUGCUGCUUUGCACCGUGGGAGAGCGCCGCUGGGGUGAAGGGCAGCAGGGAGCUGCUCAGGCAUGCCACGGAGUUCCACAGCAGCUCUCAAUGUGCAGAAAUGUGCGCGGACGAAGCGGACGGCUCAGAUGGCUCCCGCGAGCCCGCCGCCAGCUCCCGGAGAGCCGCCGCCGCGGCCGGGCCGACGGGCGAAGCCGGCGUUCGGACUAAAAUUGGAUCGUCGGAAGCGUUUAAGAGCACGCUGCUAUGCAGCCAAAGUAACGCGUUCAGAUGCUGGAGGGACGACGAGGUCGAGUUUCAAGAGGACCGUAGGAAGGAUCGAACCGUGGAGGGGCGACCGGGCGACGGCGCCGCGGCGCACGGGAGCAAAACAACCAAAAUGUCUCAUCUGUUUGUGCCGAGUAUACAGCUGCAGUCCAACAACGGAAACUCCCCGAAACUGACCCAGAGCAGGUCCCACUCCCCCGACGGGGCUGCAGCCGACGUCAAGCUGCGCUCCGACAGCAGCCUGUACAUCGCCGACUCCAGGAAUCCAGCGGCUUCAGCCAAACCUCCGGAAAUUAAAAUCAACCUGCGGAGCGCCAGGGGGAAUAGCGGCGAUCCUCCGGCCGUCUCAAAGCAGCUGUCCCCCGCCGUCGGCUGCUCGGCAGCCAGACAGGCCAAGACAGACGACUCCAAACACCAGCUGCUGCCGGCGGCGUCCCGGGGGGAGUCCGCAGAUAAAGUGCCCCAUUUCAUGGUAAGAGAUGUGAGAGAUACCAAAGGGAAACUACAGACGCCCAUUCAUCAAGUCAGAGACGUGAGAAAACUGGUUAAAAGCUCCUAUCACUUUGUUCCGGCAGACAGCGGCGACAAUAAAUGUACACUUCAGUGUUCUGACGGACAACAACAGCAGAAAACGAGGAAUUCUGUGUCACCUAUAGUGAUAAAAUAUCAAUCUGUCAACACGAACAGUUAUGAGAAAUCUUCAGAAAAUGCCAAGACAGCUAAAGUAAAGACUCCGGACAGCACUAAAACUGAUCCUCUGCAAAGAGAAGCUGGGUUAGCUCUGAGCCACGCGUCAAAUUCAGAGGAAAGCGGCGGGUUGAGGGCUGAAAACGGUCCCAAGAAGCAAGAAAAAAUUUUUGACACGAAAGAUAAGAAAUCGGAGCUGAAGGUACCAAAUCAGGGAGCUUUGGAGAAACUCCAGGCAGCGGUCAAAACCAUGGAGCAGCUCUAUGUAUUUGAGAAGAAUGAAUGGAAAAGAAAGAGUGAGCCCCAGCCGCUGAUGGACAGCCACGUCUUGUCACUGAUUGCCAGCGAGGACCUGAGCGUGGGGCCGGAGGGGGGAGGGGCACGAGGGCACGGUAUGGACAAGGCCUGUUCAAGUAUAGACAAGUCAAAGAUGGCGGCUCCGACCAGGGAAGGCAUGAAGAGGCAAGACGACAAAGACCGACAGGCUCCUCAGGCGGCGCGAGCAUCGAGCACUGUGGGGGGCCACGCCACGCUCAGCCUCAGCGCCAAGUCCGCCACGUCCGCCACAACGCCGCAGCUGAAGAACAUCGAACAAAUCCUCCAAGACACAAAACAUCCCGUCCUCGAUUUCCCAAAGCUGCCUGUGUCAGUAAGACACAGUCAAGCAGGGCAAAGCGGGACUGAAGUAGACGAACCAAAAGCGGCUGACAGGUUCUCACAAGGGUUUUCAACCGACAGCGACGACUACUUAACCAUUCCGGUCAAUCCUCGUCCCACAAGCAGCAAAAAGUCCUUAUCGGUUGAUAAAACAUCGUCUCAUGCGUCAGCCAGAACCAAGUCCCCGGGACAAACGGGGACCGGAGUACCGAGCCAAUCAGAGCCCAGCGCGGGAAUCAAACUCUCCAGCAUCGUGAUGGAGACUCAUUCAGCGGAGGGAACCUCGGCGUCCAUCUACCACUCCCUGCCCAGAGGCCUGGCCGGCAGCCAGCCCCAGUUCUACUGCUUCUCCCCGGCGGUCACCCCGGCCCUCGUGGACCCGUUUCAGACCGUGGAGAGGAAGAUGCUCCUGGACCCCUCCAGUGGGAACUACUACCUGGUGGACACUCCGGUCCAGAUGACCACCAAACGCCUCUUUGACCCGGAACUCGGUCAGUACGUGGAUGUUCCCAUGUCACAGCCGCCCCUGGCACCGAUACCGAUCCAGAUCCCCCAUCUGGCCCUCAGCCCUGGUCCUGCGUACAUGCUCUACCCGAGCUUCCUGCCGACGCCGUCCGUGAUGCCGACGCAGGCGCUGGUGCAGCCGGCGGCCGGCGGCGAGGACCGGGUCUCUUCCCAUCCGACGGAGGGCGUCUACAUGGAGAGUCCCGUCUAUAUGGCCACCGGAAGCUUCCCCCACGCCGCCUGCGGGCCCCAGCAGGUGGCGCCGACCGCCGUCAGGCCGCCGCGGCCGCUGAUCAGCUUCAACCCCCAACAGGGCACCCGGAUCGUCGCCCCACCCUCGUUUGACGGGACCACAAUGAGCUUCGUGGUGGAGCACAGAUGAACGGCAGCCGAGCCGAGCUUCAGUGGACGCUGGACUGCUGUCAUGUCUGAUUUCUUCCUGCUUUCUCAUCUGGUUAUUUUCUUUUUUAAAUUCAUUUUGUCAAAUGCAGCAAACUGCAGCAGUUCUUUCGUAAAUAUGUCUAUAAAUUGUUGUGACUGUGACUGAGAUUGAGAUUAUUUCAUUUCAAUUCUUGAAUUUCAAACUAAUAUAUUUUGAACAGUAGAUAAUUAUAUUUUUGACAUUUAUUUUUGUAAAAUGUAAAUUGAUAUAAUCAUUAUUUAUUUUCUGAAUCAUAUCAAUCAUUGGUUUCAUCUAAAAUAUUGACUGUUCAAUGACUGUUUGAGUAAAGAUGGAAAUGUCUGGCGCUGCAGAUGAAGCCUUUGUGGGUGAAGCGCUCACUCUUUUUAAUCUGUCACAGAUUUUUUUUUGUUAAAGUC